AUGUCGCAUCUCAUAACCCCAAACCCAUCAUCCUCCCCAGCCCGCAAUACGUCGACAGAUGGGUCAGACGACAUCGUACCAGUUGACUGGAAGGCAAAGUAUAUGGCACUUGAGGCCCAUUCACGGCUAAGCAAGCGGAAGCGGUCUGGAAACCAGACGGAAGGCCCGGGCAGCAUUACGCAGCAAGGCCGUGGUAUCCGCUUACUUGUGUCUCUUUUUCUUGACCCAGCACAGAUUGUGGCUGCCGGUGAAGCAUAUGAGCAAAACCGUCAGGAGCCCCUUGUGUUUGACGAGUUCAACGACGAGUUGACAGAAGAACAAGAGAAAGAGAUUGCAGAACGUCGUCCAGAUGAACGGCUUUUCACCUCAUAUAGCUUGCUACUCCAGCUUGUCCCAGGACUCCUGUAUCAGUUGACUCACUGCGACAAUCCCGAUGAUUUGACUAGCUACUACAUUCAGCUCAAUAAGGGCGCCAACGAUUCACGCAGCGACGAUAUUGGUCGGAUUACACGGCUACUCGCAAACCUCAUCAACACCGACCGAUACAGCAAGGAGAUUCUUCAGUUUGACUUCACUCCACCUGCAAAGAACCAGGAUGGUCAAACAAUCCGAGACCAGCACGGAAAGACAGUCCGACAAUACGCACCUAUAUUGACCCAAGAGCGCAGCAAUAGAGGAGUUCAGCACGACAUCUGUGGUGGCUUGCUGUCGUCGACUGACUGUGACUGGAAAGAUGAAAAUGUCCGGGUUGCAGCACGAAAAUUCGACCCAGACUCAACUCAUUCUGCUUCCUUUCUCUGUCGGGUCUUCUUUCAAGGUUUCGAGCACAAACCUGGAGAUCUGUAUGACGGUUUCCUCCAAUCGCACUAUCUUGUGAAUUGCUAUAAAUCUGUUUUCUUGGGUCCUUCCUCUGUCAAGAACAACGAAAAUGUACCACCUGCUGCGAAAAGAAGCAAGGUUAAUGUGGGCCAAGCUCGCAAUGUUGCUACCAAGCUCCAAAUGAAUGGUCGUGUUACCGGAAGAUCUGUGGCCUAUAUCGCGGUGCUGACCCAUUUCUGCUUGACGAAUGCAGAACAGUGGACAGAGGAAUUUGGCGGCUUCCUCUAUUCCUCGAUGUACAACUUUAUUGUGGAUUAUUUCGAGGCUGCGCGUGUAGGGACAGCACACCGGGAGCGUGCAGAUACACUAUUAGCUUGGUGGGACAGUCAAAUCUUCCCAAAUCACCCUUCAACCCGAACUGUCAGUAAGACUACCGCCAACACCAUCGCUCGAUUACGGGGUCAUUCUUAA